AUGGUCAAGAAGCUGCAAGAGGAGACACACUUCGACAAGGUGGAGGUCAAGUCCCUGUACUCGACCUUCAACGAGUGCGCCACCGACGGCAAGCUCGACCGGCCAGCCUUCAAGAAGGCCAUCGGCAAACUCGAAGAGGCCGGCCUGAAGAAGCUCGAUGACACACCCUUCCCUGACAGGAUGUUUGAGCUGUUGGACCUGAACAAGGACGGCACGGUCGACCUCCAGGAGUUCAUCUCCGGCCUCUCCUUCCUCUGCAAGGGCACCCCCGAGGAGAAGCUCCUCCUGUCGUUCAAGGCCUACGAUAUCGACGGGAAUGGCUACAUCACGAAGGAUGAGCUCUGCCUCAUGUUCAAACAGGCGUGGAUAUCCGGGUUCAAGGCGCUCUGCACGACGCACGGCAACGAGGAGCUCUCGAUGGAGGAGCUCAACGAGUUCGCCGAGGAGAUGGCCACCCUCUUCGCCGACAACGCGUUUGACACCCUCGACACCAACAAGGACGGCAAGCUGUCGUUCGAGGAGUUCAAGGAGUUCGCGUUGGCCGAGCCGAAGAUCACGGCCACCCUCAACGGAUUCAAGAGGGAAGUCACCAUCACCUUCUGA